AUCCCGAAUUGAGAAGAUAAACCCGCCAAAUCGUGAACUCAAUCCUCACAAUGUAACUAAGAUACACAGUUUCACUUCCACCAAUGGCAUAUCUUCUCCAAUUAAACUUUCCCACCCCUAUCUCUUCCUACACCACCAUCCCUAAAACCCCAAACCGCAUUUUCUCCUUUCACCACACUCUUCCUUUUUCCACUUCAAUUCUUUCCUCUCUUUCUCAACCUAAAUCAUCCAUUUCUCUCCCUCGCCGGAGCCUCUCCCUCUCCAUACCGCAAUUCAGCGCCACUGAAUUAUCCGGCACCACUGCCGAUGAUGACGACGAUGAGCUAUUAUUACCAGAUGAAUUGGACAACGAAGUUGAUUAUUCAGAUGAAGAUGAUGACGUUGAUGUCGUUGCGCUCGAGCGAGAAGCAAAGGAAGUUGCGCUGGAGUAUUCAACCUCUCUAUCUCGCGUUUUAACUAUUGAAGAAGAGAGAAGUAAUGUAAAGGAAACGGGGAAAAACUCCAAGAGGAGUAAACCGAAGAAAAAAAUUAUCCCCGACAAUCUUCUCCCAAGGAUUGCUAUUGUUGGAAGACCGAACGUUGGCAAGUCAGCAUUAUUUAAUCGUCUCGUUGGGGGAAACAAGGCUAUCGUGGUGGAUGAACCUGGGGUUACUAGGGAUCGUUUAUAUGGCCGAUCAUAUUGGGGAGAUCAUGAAUUCAUGGUGGUGGAUACUGGUGGUGUUAUCACUGUUUCAAAAUCACAAAGUACUGUUAUGGAGGAGCUGGAUAUUAGUACAACUAUUGGUAUGGAUGGUAUUCCCCUUGCCUCUAGAGAGGCUGCUGUUGCCAGGAUGCCAUCAAUGAUUGAGAAACAAGCGAUUGCAGCUGUGGAAGAAUCACCUGUUAUUAUUUUCCUGGUUGAUGGUCAGGCAGGUCUAACAGCAGCUGAUGUGGAGAUUGCUGAUUGGCUACGUAGAAACUACUCAAAUAAAAGCAUCAUUCUUGCAGUUAACAAGUGUGAAUCUCCACGGAAAAGAAUUAUGCAGGUGUCUGAAUUUUGGUCCCUUGGGUUUGAACCAAUUCCAAUAUCAGCUAUAUCAGGGUCUGGAACUGGAGAGCUUCUUGACCUUGUUUGUUCAGGGAUUCAGAAAGUUGAGGAGCCAAAUAAUAUUCUUGAAGAAGAAGAUUAUGUUCCUGCGAUUUCAAUUGUUGGUAGACCAAAUGUGGGCAAAAGUAGCAUUUUGAAUGCACUGGUUGGUGAGGACAGAACAAUAGUCAGCCCAAUCAGUGGCACUACACGUGAUGCUAUUGAUACUGAAUUUACUGCACCAGAUGGCCAGAAGUUCCAUCUUAUUGAUACUGCUGGAAUCAGGAAAAGGACAGCCGUAGCCUCAGCUGGAAGCACAACAGAGGCUUUGUCGGUGAAUCGAGCAUUUCGUGCUAUUCGGCGUUCUGAUGUUGUUGCGCUUGUCAUUGAGGCCAUGGCUUGUAUCACUGAACAGGACUACAAGAUAGCUGAAAGGAUAGAAAAAGAAGGGAAAGGUUGUGUGAUCGUUGUAAACAAAUGGGAUACAAUACCAAAUAAAAAUCAGCAGACUGCAUUAUUCUAUGAGCAAGAUGUCAGAGAGAAGCUUCGUUUACUUAACUGGGCUCCAAUUGUUUAUUCUACUGCUCUAGCUGGCCAAAGUGUUGACAAGAUCAUUGUUGCUGCUAGUGAAGUCGAAAAGGAGAGAUCAAGAAGACUGGGUACUUCUAUAUUAAAUCAAGUAGUAGGGGAAGCAGUAACUUUUAAGCCUCCUCCCAGGACACGCGGUGGAAAAAGAGGGCGUGUUUACUAUUGCACUCAGGCUGCUAUAAGACCGCCUACAUUUGUGUUCUUUGUCAAUGAUGCAAAACUUUUUCCUGAAACUUACCGGCGCUUUAUGGAGAAGCAGCUGCGUUCAAAUGCAGGAUUUCCUGGUACUCCCAUUCGGCUUCUGUGGCGCAGCAGAAAAAAAAUGGAAAAAGAUGAAGGAAAAAAGGUUACAAGGACCAAAGAAAAUCGUGCGCCGCACCGUCGAAAAUUGAUCUCAGCUACAAAGUAGGAGCAGACAUUUUAUGGUAUAAAACUGGCCGUGGUUCUGUUUGUGUUGAGAAAAUUGAAGGGGCUUUUUACCAGAGAUUACUCAAAUGAUUCUGCUCCUGAAAUAACUAAAAUUAGUAAAAGCUUCACAAGUACGAACGAGUGCGGAGUUCCAAAGUCUGGAUGAGAAUCUUUCAUUUACCAUGAUCGUGAUCCUUUUGGUAAUUUUAGUAGGCAUUUCAAAUUUUGUAGGCUCGACUUAUCAGCACAUUCAUCCUCAAUAACUAUAUAGUGAAUUUAUUUAUAGUAGUUGGAUUUCUAAUUGUUUUUUUAAUCCCAAAUAGUUAAGCUGCAUAUUUUCCAGUGAUUACAUGGUCCUUACUCUAGAAUGAUGCUGAUGUUUUUGCUAGGCAAUUGCCAGAAAUGAAAAUAUUAUCUUGUAAAUAUACCAUUUUAAUUUUAUGACAUUUUCCCCUUACUAUUA